AUGGCUACCGACACCAGGCCAGUGGUACUCCGCAUUGGCGAGGACAUCAAAUACAACCAUGACUUCUACAACGAUGUCUUCACCAAGCGCUUCAAGGUUGUGGCAAAUGAGGAGCCUGACAGAGCGUCAUUUAUUGCGGCGCUGAAAGCAAAAAAAUAUGGCGACUUUUCAGCCAUUUACCGUCCCCAUUUUCAAACUGGCGGUGAAAUGGGGCAGUGGGAUGAUGAACUAAUCUCCUUGCUCCCCGCGUCCGUCCGUAUAUUUGCCUCCGCUGGGGCUGGGUUCAAUUGGGCCGAUGUGGACGCUCUGGGACGCCGCGGCAUCUGGUAUGCUAACGGUGCCGGCGCGUCAGACGAGGCGGUCUCUGACAUGGGCCUGUUUAUGAUUCUCUCCGUCUUCCGCAAUUUCUGGCGUUGCCAACGUGCCGCUCGCACGUGUGACCCUGAUGAGUUCAUCGCCAUGCACAAGCUCGUGGGUAGCAUUUCGUGGAACCCCCGCGGUCACAUUCUGGGCAUCGUGGGGCUUGGUAACAUUUCCAAAAAUCUCGCUAGAAAGGCAAAGCUGGGCCUUGGGAUGGAGGUCCACUACUAUGAUGUUGUGAGAUCAUCGCCCGAGGUCGAAGCGGAACUUGGCGUUACAUUCCACCCGACGCUGCAUGAGCUUCUGGCUGUCGCUGACUGCGUGAGCCUGCACACUCCGCUGAACAAGCACACACAGGAUCUGAUGAACAGGGAAUCAUUCUCAAAAAUGAAGGAAGGAGCGAGACUUAUUAACACCUCUCGUGGCGAAGUUGUAAAUGAGGAGGCUCUAAUAGAGGCAUUGAAGAGUGGCCGCCUUUCUGCCGCUGGCUUAGACGUCCACUAUCAUGAGCCCCAGGUUUCAAAAGAGCUGGCUGCGAUGGAUAAUGUGACCUUGACCACACAUAACGGCGGUGCUGCCAUCUCCACAAGAGUCAAUUUUGAACUAAACGCCAUGAAGAACAUCCUGCAGGUGGUGGGUGACGAUGGUGGUUAUCAAGGUGAUCCGAUCACACCGGUGAAUAAGAAUAGCUUCAAACCAUUAUAG